GAUCUUUAAGAUGGAUGAGCCUGUAUAUUACAAUACAAGAUCCAUCUCAAAAUCAGCAAAGAAACGUGGAAAUAGAAAUUGCUGUGUUGAAAAUGGAGUUGUUGUCUGUGUGGGGGUUUUCUCUGGUCUCCUCCUGUCUCUGCUGGCUAAUGGCAUGUUGGCCUAUUUGUGUUAUUACAGUGAUGGGCCAGAUGGUCUUAUCAGUUGUGAACCAGUAACAAACUGCUCAUAUUUAAACACUGAUGACAAUGCUCGCAUCAGGGAGAUCUUUCAGAAGGACAAGAAAAACCACACUCAGCCACUUCACUGUCCAAAUAAAAAUUUUCCAGAGACUUGGAUCAAAAGUAAGGGCAGAUACUAUGUUUUCUCCUCUGAUGUGAUGGACUGGAGCAGCAGCAGACGCCGCUGUCUGGAUCUGGGUGCAGAUCUGGUCAUCAUCAACAGCCAUGAAGAACAGGAAACUCUUGCUGAACAUGUCCACACUGUUGGUGAGAAUGCAUUAUUUUGGAUUGGUUUAACUGAUAGUCAGAUUGAAGGUCUUUGGCGGUGGGUGGAUGACACCAAUUUACAAAAAAGUCUCAGUUUCUGGGAUAAACUGCCUGAUGACAACAAAGAUGCGAAUCCUCUGGGUGAAGACUGUGUUGUUCUGAAUGGUAGAAUUCAGAUGGCAAACUGGGGAGAUGUUUCUUGCUUGAGGAAGGAAAGAAGCAUUUGUGAAAUUCCAUGCUCAGAAUGAAACACUUAAUAAAAAGGGUUCUGUUUGUCAUUUACAUGUUCUUUUGAAAUGUUCUUUUUUUAAACACCUCAAAGUGCAAUGUAAAGU